ACUCAUUGGAGGCUUACAACCUGAAGCGCACGCGCCACCGUUCAAGGGGAAGAAGACUGAAAAAAAGUCGGCUGGUUUUGCUGCAUUGUGCAGUACCGGGCCAUGGAACGAAGUAUGGAGUACUAUCAACAGUAUCACGAAGUCGACGGCUUGUACAUCAGUAAGGGCUUUCCAGUAGAAUGCGUCCGUUCAGCUCUACGCUACGAGGUACAACCGGGUGACUUAUUUAUCGUCAGCUACCCCAAGUGCGGGACAACAUGGAUGCAGCACAUUGUCUACAACAUCAUAAACAACAAGCCUCCCCCGAAAAACCAGCUGUUAAGUUGUAUAGAGAUGCCUUUCCUCGAAGCUCAAGGAGCCGAAUCGGUCGAGGACAUGAAGAGACCAGGCCCCAUCAAGACACACAUGGCGUUCCGCUUCCAGCCCUAUUCAAAGGACGCCAAGUACAUCUACGUAGCGAGAAACCCUUACGACUGCUGCGUGUCUUUUUUCUACCACACGAGGGACAUGCCCGACUACCACUUCAAAGAAGGCACGUUCGAUCAGUUCGUCGACAUGUUCGUGGAAGGCAAGGUUGAUUUCGGCGACUACUUCGACCAAUUGCUUUCGUGGUAUGAGCACCGAAAUGAUCCGAACGUCUUGUUUGUGACCUACGAGCAGCUUAAGAAGGACAUCAGGGCUUGGGUCCUGAAGAUCGCAAACUUCAUUGGAGAAGAGUUCGGGCAGAAGCUGCGGAGUGACAGCAGUCGGCUAGAGAACGUAUUGCUGAACAUUAGUGUCAAAAGCAUGAAGGAAAAUGUCAACGAUUCAAUGAGAAACAUGUUCGAUAACUUCGAGAGCGUGCUCGAUGGAAAAGUUCCUAAAUGGGUUGCACUUACGAGAGAGUCGGUAGGAGCUCAGGCCUUGGUUAAGCCGAUGACAGGUGAUUUUGUUCGCAAAGGCGUAGUUGGUGAUUGGCGAAACCACUUCUCAGAAGAUCAUGUGAAGCUACUAAAGAAGACGAUUCAGGAAAAGAUGCGAGACAAUGAUGUCAUGGAUUUGUGGAAGGACGCUGAUAUUCCGCACUGAAAAUUUUAUGCAGAACUUUCAAGGAUUCCUAGAAACUCCUACUGCUGAUAAAAUACCCACGGAUGAAGCUCUUUACGCUUAUGCGUGCUUAUUAUCCUGCACUAGCUUAAAAAACAUAAAUGCAAGAUGUACUUGUGCAGAAAUUGAGGUUCCGGAAAUAUACUAAGGUAUGUCGGCUUGAACGCUUGUGUGAGAUCGAAUGUUUUCUGUUUCCUCAUGUGUGCCAUGUAGUAUUUAACAUUCUCCGUUUAUUAUGUGCUCAGGAAUACCCUAAAUGACUUGAGGUUGGGAUGUUAAAUGGGAGGCGGGGGUUGGGGACUGAUACAAUUUAUCUUACAAAAAUACAAAACAAACAAAUUGCUGAUUUUGCAUGCCAAAACCACGGCCUUGUUAUGAGUCAUGCCGUAGUGGAAGAGUCCAGAUUUUGACCGCCGCCGCUUUGUUAGCAAGCACUUAAUUCUUAGUACAUAAGCAUUGUUGCAUUUCGCCGCUUUCAAAAUGCGGCCGCUGUGACCAUUACCGUAAACAUACGCAAUUGUACGUAUAGUACCGGUCGAAAUAAUGGGAUUGCUUAAAGAGAUCACAUACAUGAGAAAAUGUUUAUUACAAGGAGUCAACAACAAUUCAACAUUUAUAACUUUCAAAAAAAUGUGUGAACUUCGUAUUUGCACACUGGAAAACACCAACAGUAGGCACGCAUCAAACCACUAGUCUUCUCGGUUCACCCUGGCACACUUUUCCUUGCAUACUCAAUAUGCGUACAGUGCGCGGGGCGCGAUCUUUUGCUUGAUACGGAACCUG